AUGCCAUUUAUAUCAUCACCAAUUGCAUUAGUUAUUGGAUUUAUUAUAGCUCAGUUAUUCGGAAAUCCUUACGAAAAACUAUCUAAAAAAGCAUCUAAUUUAUUAUUAAAAGUAGCCGUUGUAGGUUUAGGAUUUGGGAUGAAUGUUUUUACUGCAAUACAUGUUGGUAAAGAAGGUUUUAUACUUACAAAAGUAUUUAAAAUAGAUCGAAUUACAGGAUAUUUAAUAGCUGCAGGAACUGCAAUAUGUGGAGGAAGUGCAAUUGCUGCUUUAUCUCCUAUCACUAAAGCAAAAGAAAAUCAAAUAUCUGUUGCUUUGGCUGUUGUAUUCACACUGAAUUCUAUUGCAUUAUUAAUAUUUGCUCCAUUAGGACAUUUAUUUCAUAUGUCACAGCAUGAAUUUGGUUUAUGGUGUGCUAUUGCUAUACAUGAUACAAGUUCUGUUGUAGGAGCAUCUAGUAAAUAUGGAGAAGAAGCAUUACAAAUUGCUACAACAGAACUAGUUUAUCUUUCAAAAUGCUAA